AUGCAGGAGAAGGAGGUGCUACAGGAAGUUGAGAUGCAGCGGCUGGGUUUGAUACUCUACGGAACGGGGGUCCUGGCAGAUCGGGAGUCGCACCUGGUCCGGCAGUGGCUGGCGCAGUGCCCCCUGGGACCCUGCGGUGGACGCGGAAGCUCCGAGUGCGUACCGCAGAAGCUCGAUCGCCGGCUCGAUGCCGACGAGAUGGAGAAGCGGUCGCUCCGCGAGGCGGAUGUGCACGCCCUUCGCCUGCUCCUCAUGAGCCCUGCGGCCUUGAUGCCGGACGAGCGGGAGGCGGUGCUCGUCUGGCUGGACGCGUGCCCUCUGCAGGCGCGGCGGGCAGAGCUCUCGCCGCAACGGUACAUUUCACGGUCCACACCCCCCGCUCCCACCAUACAACGACUCGCACCCUUCCCAGCUUGCCUCUUCCCCCUCGAUCCUCACCCCGUCAUGUCGCCCGUCGCAGCCGUGCUGCUCCCACUCAUGGAGGAUACCCGCAAGUGCGUGGAGCUCAAGGUCAACCGGAAGCACCGCUGCACCGUGUCGUCCCUCGAAGAGCCGAUGAAGGGGCUGAUUGCGGAGCGGUACCCUUUAGAGCGAGCGGUCGUCAUCUUCGACCCGACCCGUCUCACCGGAGAGCACGGCCUCUCCUUUGGCAGCGGGAGGGACAACGACAUCGUACUUGUAGGAAGCGGCAUCACCUCGCAUCAGUUUCUAAUCGCCAUGGAUCCCGUCACCCGUUCCCUGACUGUCAAGAACAUUAGCAGCGACAAGCUGGACACCACCACCAACACCACCACCACGGCCACCGACAUCUUUGUCCACGACCUCCAGCGGCUCCGGACGGUAGCGCCGGGUGAGACGAAGAGCCUCGAGGGCUUCAUGCAGGUGGCGGCCGGGGAGGACAAGCGCCAUCGAUUCCAGAUCUUCCUGCCCCCGGGUCCCGCGGACGCCCUGCUCGAGCGCCGGAUCGACGACUACCUCCGCGCACUCCCGGACGCCUAG